AUGGAGAAGAAGUUAAGGAUAAAGAAGAAAGUAUGGAUGGGGAAGAAGUUUGGGAUGGAGAAGAAGUUUGGAAUGGAGAAGAAUCUACUAAUUAAGGAAGCAGAACAAGUUAAGGAGGAUGGAGAAGAAGUUAGGGAAGGAGAAAAAGUGAAGAAUGAAGAACAAGUUAGGGAAGGAGAAGAAGUUAAGGAUGGAGAACAAGUUAGGGAAGGAGAAGAAGAAGUUAAGGAUGGAGAAGUAGUUUGGGAUGGGGAAGAAGUGAAGGAAGGAGAAGAAGUUAAGGAAGAAGAAGAAGAAGAAGAAGUUUUGGAUGGAGAAGAAGUUAAGGGUAAAGAAGAAAGUAUGGAUGGGGAAGAAGUUUGGGAUGGAGAAGAAUGGGAGGAGGAGAAGUUUGGAAUGGAGGAGAAGAACCGAAGUAUGGAGAAGAAGUUAAGGAAGAAGAAGUUUAGGAAGGAGACGAAGUCAAGGAAGAAGAAGUUUUGGAUGGAGAAGAAGUUAAGGAUAAAGAAGAAAGUAUGGAUGGGGAAGAAGUUUGGGAUGGAGAAGAAGUUUGGAAUGGAGAAGAAUGGGAUGGAGAAGAAGUUAGGGAAGGAGAAGAAGAAGUUAAGGAUGGAGAAGUAG